CAAUCCACUCCAGCAUUCCUCACAAAGUCACAGCACAACACUUGCAGAGUUGCAGAUAUUUGUAGAUACAACUAUGUCUCACAUUACCUCUCAAUUUUGAGUUUCAUCUUGACUGAACGUAUUGCAUGGCUGCCCACCUGAGUCCUUGUUCGUCUUCUUCAACCUCAUUCACACCCUCUUCAUUCAAGAACAAGACUACCCACUUCGCCAAGUUCAUCACUUUGUUAGGAGAAGGUCAUUCCUCCAGAUGGGUCUCUCGGAUUCGCCCCAGAAAUCAAUUUCAGCUCAAAUCUUCAAAUGGGCAUCCACUCAAUGCUCUGUCUUUUCAUGGCGAUGGAAAUUCUAUUGGCCAAGAACAAUCUGAACCUCAUGGCAAAGAGGGUUCCUUUCCGGUGUCGGAUUUAAAAAAUGUGGACUCUAAGUUGAGCAUAACUGUUGUUGGUGCUUCUGGAGACCUUGCCAAGAAGAAGAUAUUCCCAGCACUUUUCGCUCUUUAUUAUGAAGAUUGUCUACCGGAGGAUUUUAUAGUGUUUGGUUUUGCUCGAACUAAAAUGACUGAUGAAGAGCUAAGGAACAUGAUCAGCAGAACCUUGACUUGCAGAAUAGAUAAGAGGGCAAAUUGUGAGGACAAAAUGGACCACUUCCUAAAAAGAUGCUUCUACCAUUCUGGUCUGUAUAGUUCUGAGGAGAAUUUCGCAGAGUUGGACAUCAAGCUGAAAGAGAAGGAGGCUGGAAGAAAGUCAAAUAGGCUGUUUUAUUUAUCGAUACCUCCAAACAUAUUUGUGGACGUGGUGAGAUGUGCUAGCCUUAGAGCUUCUUCAGAAAAUGGGUGGACUCGAGUCAUUGUUGAGAAGCCAUUUGGUCGUGACUCUGAAUCCUCUGCGGAGCUAACCAGAUGUUUAAAGCAGUACCUUGCUGAAGACCAGAUAUUUAGGAUUGACCAUUACUUGGGAAAGGAGCUUGUCGAGAAUCUAUCAGUGCUUCGCUUCUCAAAUCUUGUUUUUGAGCCUGUGUGGUCACGUAACUACAUUAAGAAUGUGCAACUGAUUUUUUCUGAAGAUUUUGGCACAGAGGGAAGAGGGGGAUAUUUUGAUAAGUAUGGAAUCAUACGGGACAUAAUGCAAAAUCAUCUUCUACAAAUACUAGCACUUUUUGCAAUGGAAACACCAGUCAGCUUAGAUGCUGAGGACAUCAGGAAUGAAAAGGUAAAGGUUCUAAGAUCAAUGAGGCCAUUGCAGCUUGAAGAUGUAGUUGUUGGCCAAUAUAAGGGCCACAGCAAGGGUGGUAAAUCAUUUCCUGCUUAUAUAGAUGACCCAACUGUGCCAAAUGACAGUCUCACCCCUACAUUUGCAGCAGCAGCUCUCUUUAUUGAUAAUGCUAGAUGGGAUGGGGUUCCUUUCCUGAUGAAAGCAGGAAAGGCCCUCCAUACUAAGCUUGCAGAGAUCAGAGUUCAAUUCAGACAUGUCCCGGGUAACCUGUACAAGCGGAAUUUUGGAACUGAUAUAGAUAAAGCUACAAAUGAGCUUGUGCUUCGUGUACAACCUGAUGAAGCCAUAUUCCUGAAGAUCAACAACAAAGUCCCCGGUCUUGGAAUGAGACUAGAUCGGAGUGACCUAAAUUUGCUUUAUUCAGCUAGGUAUCCAAGAGAAAUACCAGAUGCAUACGAGAGGCUACUGUUAGAUGCAAUUGAAGGGGAACGAAGGUUGUUCAUAAGAAGCGAUGAGCUCGAUGCUGCUUGGUCACUAUUCACACCAUUGUUGAAUGAGCUCGAACAGAGAAAGAUUGUUCCCGAGCUAUACCCCUAUGGUAGCCGAGGGCCAGUAGGACCCCACUAUCUUGCUGCAAAGCACAAUGUUAGAUGGGGAGAUCUUGGAGACGAGGAAUUAUGAAGUGAGAAAUACUUCAUUCUCAGGUUUGGCAUGCUUAUGACUGGUUCUUGUUCCCAUUUCCGCCAUUGAUUGUUUACAUUCGAAUAUAUAUAUU